ACCAAUCACAUUGUGGUAUUGUGUUCGUUAUGAUAAAUUUCAUGGCGCAAUAAAUGUCAUACCGUCUUUGGUUCUUCAGGAUCAGGUGCCAAAUAUACUUAUGAAGAGCAAGAGGAGAAGAGAGAGCAGAUCUAGUGUUGCUGCAGCAAGUGGAGCAUUUGAAUACAUAAAGCAUGCUCCUAGCUAAUUUGCAUUGAUAGGUUAUGUUGUUUCCUGCUGAGCUAUGUACCUUUCCUAGUCCUCAUGAUUUGGUGUCAGUUCCCUAGCUAAUAAUUUCCCUAAUUUAUCUUGUUACAUGACCAGCUCACCGUCUGCGCAAGUUGGUAAGGACUCUCUUAGUCCAAUGGAGAGAGCUGCACAAAGGGAGCUCAUGGUUUUGGACAUCAAAGUUAAGCUGCAGAGUUUGUGGUUGUGUCUUCUGAAACUGGGAGCUACUGAUGAUCCACAUUCUUCAUUUGAAUAUGGCACAAUUCUUAUAUUUCGUUUCAAUUUUGUCCAAUUGUGUAAUUUUACUCGUGUGGCGCUGAUGUGGCAUGCCACACAUCAGCGCCAUAUAAGUAAAAUUAUAUAGUUGGACAAAAUUGAAAUAAAAUCAUGCAUUUCAGGAUAAAUUGGAUAAAAUUAAAAAAU